CGGUGAUAUUUCUCAUAGGUCACAUUUUAUUGCAGUUCCUGGAAUGAGAAGUGCGCCUGCGUCAACUCGAGCUGCAUGAUGGCGGCCUGCUUUGGCGUCUGCAGGAUGCAUCUGAGAGCAGCGGCGAGGCUUAUUAAACUUUGUCAAAAAGCAGAUUUACAAGCACAGAGGUUAUUCGCCAGCUCGGCCGUUUCUAGCAGUGCCAAGGAAGUUAAAAGGGCGGUUCUAGACGACACAUCGGAGCACAAAAAAUCCUUCUGCGCGAUUCAAGAGGAAAGACGAGAAAGAGCUCUGAGGUCUGUCCUCAUCAGCUGUCCCCCAAAGUUCAACGAGAAAAAGUUUUUAGAUUAUAUAUCUAAACACGGGGACAUAACGAACCAUUUCUUCUAUCAGUCCUAUGGUACAAACGCUGUGGUUGAGUUCACCAGCAGGGACAGCAUAGCAGCACUGAAGAGGAGCUGCACCAUUCCCAGCGUGCAGCACGAGGCCGCCGUGCCUUUCAAGUCUCGCCUGCUUUCACUGAAGGGGAAUGUCAGCCAGUCCAGCAGCCUGAACACAGUGAGGUGCUGUGAGCAUUCGCCCAUUCCAGUCAGUGAGCUGCUCCAGAAGCUCUCCAGACAGGAGAGUGUGGAUGAGCAGCUGCGUUGUCUGACAGAGGCCUACCAGCUGAGUGAGGAGGACAUCAGCCUGCGCUUCUUGGUCUGCUCACUGCUCGGAGAUAUCGCUGCUGCCUAUUUCCCAGAAUGCAUCAUCAGGCCUUUCGGUUCGACGGUGAACAGCUUCGGCAAGCUGGGCUGCGACUUGGACAUGUUCCUGGACCUGGAUGGAGUUAGUGGCCAGAAACAGAGCAAGGGUUCAGGUCUGUCAAUAGAGUACCAGAUGAAAAGUGUUACGUCUGACCGCACUGUCACCCAGAGCAUCCUCUCUGUCAUUGGGGAGUGCGUGGAUAAGUUUGGCCCUGGCUGCGUUGGCGUCCAGAAGAUCCUCAGUGCUCGAUGCCCCCUUGUCCGAUUCGCACAUCAGCCCUCAGGCUUUCAGUGUGACCUCACAGCAAAUAACAGGGUGGCGAUUAAGAGCUCUGAAUUGCUGUUUGUGUAUGGGAGGUUGGAUGAGCGUGUGCGGCAUGUGGUGUUUGCGGUCCGCUGCUGGGCUCGUGUGCACAGCAUCACCAGCAGCAUCCCUGGAGCCUGGAUCACCAACUUCUCCCUCACGGUCCUGGUGCUGUUUUUCUUCCAGCGCAGGGUACCUGCUAUACUGCCCACCCUGGACCAGCUCAGAGACCUGGCAGGCCCAUCGGACAAGUGCAUUAUUGAAGGGAAUGACUGCACAAUUGUUAGCGACCUAAGCAAGAUUAAACUAGAGAAAAACACAGACACAUUAGAAAAGCUGCUGCAGGAGUUCUUUGAGUUUUAUGGCAAUUUUGCCUUCAACCGAAACUCCAUCAACAUCAGGAGGGGGAAAGAGCAGAACAAACCUGAGGCAGCCCCCCUGCACAUCCAGAACCCCUUCGAAACCAGUCUAAAUAUUAGCAAAAAUGUUAACGCAACACAACUAGAACGCUUCGUAGCACUCUGCCGUGAGAGCGCUUGGCUGUUUCAGGAGGGGGAGGUGAUUAAACGGGGUGCACUCCAAUCAGGUGAUCUAAUUCCUCCUUGGGGGUUGGCAGCGCUCCUCUUGCCUUCAGUUGCUGAAUCAGCAGGGGUGAAAGGUCGCAGGAAGAAGAAACGUGAACCAGCAAGUGCAAGGAUAAGGACACUACUGGAGUCACUGUAGAGCAGCGAUGGAGUAGCAGGUGGUAAACAGCUAUGCAAAACCUCACCAGUAGGGUACAGUAUGCUUCUUGACUUUAAGACAAAUACAUUGAGGAACUGUGGAUAAUUUAACCAAGAGGAUGUUGUCUUGAGAGGUUGAGCUUGUUGGGACAGUGGUAAAGCCACAAUAAUAAGGAGAGGACUGUCUGACUGUUCCACAGGAACUGCCUGGGAAAGCUCUAUCACCAUGCUGUUGGAACCACAUGACUGCUGCAGAAACAUACAAGAUGUAUGCUGCUCUCCCUUUUAGUAAAGUGUGUUUCUGUAGUAAAGUGUGCUCCUGAUCAAGGCAUUGGGGUUAUUUUAGAUACUGAUAAACAGUAUGCUGUUGUGUUUUGAAGACAUUGGCUUCAAAUCAUCGAAUCAUCGGCUGUCUUUGCUUCUUGCUCAUUUGUUUUGGGUUUUUUUUUUAUUUGUCAAAAAAUGAGUAUACAAUAUAAAUGAAAUAUGUAACUGAAGCAGAGCUGCCAAACAGUAUACUGACACAGACCAAAAUGGAGUGAACUUGAAUGCUUGAGUACAUGUAUAAUAAACCAUGUUUUUUAGAUGAAA